GUAUGGGCAUUUCGAAUGGCUGGUCAUGCCAUUUGGCCUUACGAAUGCCCCARCCACUUUCCAAGCGGCUAUGACGACGGAGUUCCGACACAUGCUGGAUCGUUUCGUACUUAUAUACCUCGACGACAUUCUGGUUUACAGCAGGAGUCUGGACGAGCAUGUGGAACACCURCGCACCGUUUUGGAGCGGCUACGACAGGCCAAGUACAAAGCAAACCGCGACAAGUGCGACUUCGCACAACAGGAGCUGGAGUACUUGGGACAYUAUGUGACGCCGCAAGGCAUCUGUCCGCUUGCGGACAAGAUCGAGGCCCUACGAGUAUGGCCCGAGCCCACCAACACCACGGACGUUCGUUCAUUCAUGGGGUUGGCAGGCUACUAUCAGCGAUUCAUCACCGGAUACUCCAGGAUUGCUGCACCUAUGACGAGGUUACAGUCACCAAAGGUGCCAUUCGUAUUCGAUGAUGACGCACGCCGGUCAUUCCAAGCACUUAAGACGGCUAUGCUCAUGGCACCCGUCCUUAGCAUUUAUGACCCCACCCUGCCGACACGAGUGACGACGGACGCUUCCGGCUAUGGCAUUGGGGCAGUCUUGGAACAGCACGACGGUAACGACCGACACCCUGUGGAGUAUUUCAGCCACAAAGUGCCUCCCAUCCACUCGCUUGAUAAUGCAAGGAAGAAGGAGCUGCUCGCAUUCGUGAUGGCUCUCAAACGCUGGCGACACUUCCUCCUUGGGCGUCGUAGGUUCACAUGGAUCACAGACAACAAUCCACUGACCUACUACAAGACGCAGGACACGGUGAGCAGCACGAUCGGACGAUGGAUGUACUUCAUCGACCAAUUUGACUUCACACUAAAGCAUGUCCCCGGCCUCUCCAAUCGCGCAGCAGAUGCACUCUCGCGAAGACCUGAUCUUUGCGCUAUGACACAUCAUGCCCUCGCAUUCGAUGAGGAGCUUCAACGACACUUCAUCCGGGCAUAUCAGUCUGAUCCGGACUUCGGCACGCUCUAUGUAGAGCUGUCUUCGGAUCACCCGCCGGCCAGCCAUUACCGCAUUACCGACGGGUACUUGCUCCUCCACUCGAGAGGCAAGGACUUACUAUGUGUCCCACGCGACCGUCGUCUUCGGACUCGCCUCCUCGGCGAGUACCAUGAUUCACGACUCGCCGCCCAUUUCGGAGUCAACCGCACUAUUGCACGACUUCGACAGCGAUUCCGAUGGCCCGACCUCAUUACCGAUGUCACUCGGUAUUGCGACUCUUGCGAAGUUUGCCGACGCAGCAAGCCCCGCAACCGCAAUCCCUACGACGAGUUACACCCGAUGCCUAUCCCACGAGAACCCGGUCUCUCCAUUGCCAUGGACGUCACCGGUCCGUUUCCUCGCGACCGGCUCGGGCACGACGGCAUCCUCACGGUUGUGGACCGAUUGAGUAAGUAUGCGCGUUUUCUCGCUUGCAAGUACUACUCCACGGCUCCCGAGCUGGCACGCCUCCCGCACACUAGUUGGAUUUGUGGCCACGGUGUACCAGAAGACAUUGUCAGCGACCGCGACACUCGUUUCAUGUCGGCGUUUUGGACUGCUCUCAUGCAGGAGUCCGGCACAACAAUGAAACCAAGUUCGGCUCGACACCCUCAGACAGACGGGCAGACGGAGCGGGCACAUCAGACCGCUCAAAUGAUGCUUCGUACGCUCAUCCGUCUGGACCAGAAAGAUUGGGUUGACCACAUCCCCGACAUCGAGUUCGCCUACAACACUUCGGUGCAUCCGGCGAUCGGCGUGACUCCAUUCGGGCUGCACCACGGUGGACGGAAAGGCCGGAUCUUCGCCGACCUUCUCCUCCCUCGACCAGCCAACAUUGACGCUGCCUGCUCUCCCUCUUCCGUCCGGAAGUACAGGGAAUUGCUGACUCAAGCCCGCACAAAUAUGCAAAAGGCUCAAGUCCGCAUGCAGCAGCAAGCCAACAGGCGUCGCGUACCAUGUCCCAUCCGCGCUGGUGAUCUGGUUUGGGUCUCCGCGGAAGAGUUUGCACUGGAACAGGAUGUUUCACGCAAACUGCUUCCCAAGUGGUUUGGACCUUGGUCUGUGACAGUAGCCGCGGGCGAUGAGCCCGAUGGCCCUUCAUUUGUGAUCAACAUCCAGAGCAUCUGACGGUCCAUCCGGUCUUCCAGGCCUCGAAGCUGGCAACUUACACGCCAACCAAGAGCGACGACU